AUGCCCUCACUUUUCUCCCCAUUUGACCUCCCGGACGACAUCAUCCUAUUGUUGUCAGAUGAACUCGUAGCACCAGCAGAUUUCAUCUUGCACCGUACUCUCGCGGCACACCUCAAAGCGGGACUCGUUUCGGGACGCGUCAAACCCAAAUCUGUGAUACUCUCGGUAUCGGAGGGUUUAUCUAGGUGGAAAACGCUUGCGAUGAAAUCGAAUAUCAACCUCCAAACGCAUCUCGACCUAGGGACGCUCGAGUUCAUUGAAUUGUCGUCUUGUGCGGAGCCCAGCGCUGAAGCCAACCUACGAGGAGUCUUCGACCGCGUCCGCAUGGCUCUCGAGAACUCGCGACCUUCUCAGCAGCCGCACCUCAUCAUCCUCGACGACGUGUCGGUGCUGGAGUGGAUUGGAUUUUCACCUACAUCUGUUCAGCGUUUCAUUCGUGCCCUACGCUCUCUGGCGCUCAAGGCGAAUGCCACACUUGUCCUUCGGCACCAUGUGGUGACGCCAAACGAGCCAGACGAACUCCUUCGACAUUUGCUGCAGAUUUGCACCUAUCAUCUCGAAGUGAGACCACUCGCGAGUGGGAGAAGCGGUGCCGUCAGCGGGGAGGUCGCCCUCCACGCAGGAUUUUCUUACCCCUCGAAUAAUAUAAACCCCGUCAAGUUGUUGUCAAGAAGUUCUGCUUUGCAAUACUGCCUUACUGAGGCUGGACCAGAGUUUUUCGUGAAAGGGACCAGCGGUGGUGUACUAUAG